AUGGUUUUCGCUGCCGAGUCUCUUUUCUCGCCGUAUUUCGAAGACCGUUUGAUAGCCACCAAGUUUGCACAAACUCCGCCGAUUGCCAUGCUGCCAAAGAAGACCUCUUUCCUGGAAAUGCUAUUCUCUUCUCGGCAGAAGUCUCGAGGAGACCCUCCAUCGCCCCCUCCUCAGCCUCCACCAAGUCCGACUGGAUGGACCGGGAAAAUAGUCAAAGAUGACACGGAUGUGAUCGCUCUUCCAGGGUGGUACUAG